CAAGAAUCAGGAGGAAAGGAAAUUAGCAGGACGACGACGUUCUCAUCUGAAACCUUUUUAACGAAACGUGCGAGAUAUCUCACAACUUUCACCGUCGAGAGUUCGCUGAUUUCCAAAAAUCCUAUGGAGCUCCUCCGAUCCAACUUGUCUAGGGUUCAGAUCCCCGAACCCACCCAUCGCGUCUACAAGCACGAGUGUUGCCUCUCCUUCGACACUCCGAGAUCCGAAGGAGGAUUGUUCGUAGACAUGAACAGCUUUCUCGCUUUUGGGAAGGAUUAUGUUGCUUGGAAUCACGAGAAGACGGGAAACCCUGUUUAUUUGCACAUUAAGGAGACGCCGAAGUCUGAUCCUGAGGAUCGGCCUCUGAAGAAACCGACUCUGCUCGCUAUAGGAGUUGAUGGGGGAUUUGACAACAAUGAGCCUGAGUACGAGGAAUCUUACAGCAUAGUCAUACUUCCGGAUUUUGUUUCACUUCCAUUCCCUUCUGUUGAACUUCCUGAGAAGGUGAGGAUUGCUGUCGAUACUGUACUGAAUGCCGUAGGUGCUGAGCGUAAAGAGCAAGUUGCAGCUUGGACAGCUGAGAAAAAGAAAAUCAGUGAACAUGCAUUGACACUGCAGCAGAUCAAAAGUGGCAUUGUCAUUCCUCCCUCUGGCUGGAUAUGUUCCAAGUGUGAUAAGCGGGAGAACCUCUGGCUUAAUCUUACCGAUGGAAUGAUUCUCUGUGGAAGAAAAAACUGGGAUGGAACUGGUGGAAACAACCAUGCAGUUGAGCACUACAAGGAGACAUCCUACCCUCUUGCUGUGAAGCUUGGAACAAUCACAGCUGACUUGGAAGCAGCAGAACUUACUGUUGCAAUGUUUUUGGCAGAUGUUUAUUCCUAUCCGGAAGAUGACAGUGUUUUGGAUCCGCUCCUGGCUCAGCAUCUGGCCCAUUUCGGAAUUGACUUCUCCUCGAUGCAGAAGACAGAAAUGACAACUGCCGAAAGAGAACUUGAUCAGAAUACGAAUUUUGAUUGGAACCGUAUACAAGAGAGUGGAAAAGAAUUGGUACCAGUUUUUGGACCUGGAUAUACCGGACUUGCCAAUCUUGGGAACAGUUGCUACUUGGCAGCUACAAUGCAGAUUGUUUUCUCUACCCAUUCAUUUAUCUCAAGAUACUUUUCACACCAGAGCUUAAAGAUGGCUUUUGAGAUGGCUACUGCUGAUCCAACUUUGGACCUCAAUAUGCAAUUAACAAAGCUUGGACAUGGUUUACUAUCUGGGAAGUACUCUAUUCCUGUCACAGAGAAGGAUUCUGUAACUGGAGAGGCUAGACAAGAAGGAAUACCUCCUCGCAUGUUUAAAUCGGUAAUUGCUGCAGGCCAUUCAGAGUUCUCUUCUAUGAGACAGCAGGAUGCUCUUGAUUUUUUCCUCCAUUUGCUAGACAAGGUUGAGCGUGGCAGCAACAUGAGACCAGAUUUAGACCCCUCGAGGAGCUUCAAGUUCGGAGUCGAAGAAAAGAUCCUUUGUUCAUCUGGAAAGGUGGGAUAUAAUAAGAGAGAUGACUGCAUUCUUUCUUUGAACAUUCCGUUGCAUGAGGCAACUAAUAAAGCAACUUUUGCAUCUCCAGAGCAGAUUCAUGAUUACUAUAGCACUGCUCUGAAGGGGAAGACAACAGCUAUCAAGACAACUAGCUUGACAUCUUUCCCAGAUUAUUUGGUCUUGCACAUGCGGAAGUUUGUUAUGGAGGCAGGCUGGGUGCCAAAGAAACUUGAUGUGUACAUUGAUGUUCCGGAUGUAAUUGAUAUCAGCCACAUGCGCAGCAAAGGACUUCAGCCCGGAGAGGAACUGUUGCCAGAUAGCGUUCCAGAAGAAGCGAUGGAAGCAGCGCAGCCUGUGGCAAACGAGGAGAUAGUUGCACGACUUGUCGAUAUGGGAUUUGACCAGCUUCGUUGCCAAAAAGCUGCCAUAAUUACUUCGAAUGCUGGGGUCGAAGUGGCGAUGAACUGGUUAAUUGAUCACUUGGGUGAUGCAGACAUCGACGCACCAAUCUCCCAUCAGGCAUCUGACGUUGAUCAAUCAAGCGUUGACACCUUAAUCUCCUUUGGUUUUGCUGAAGAGGUUGCUCGAAAGGCACUCAAAGCCUCGGUAAAUCAACUCUUCCUAACGCGAUACAAGCUGUUUGGGAUAGUAAGCCACAUGGGAACAUCAACUCACUGUGGUCACUAUGUGGCGCACAUAUUGAAGGAAGGUCGCUGGGUUAUUUUCAAUGACAGCAAAGUCGGUGUCUCGACGGAUCCUCCUAAAGACAUGGGUUAUCUCUACUUCUUCCAGCGUCUCGACAAU